AUGGAGGCGGCGGCGGCGGAGGGCGCCGAGCUCGGGAGCGGCAGCGCGGGGGGCCCGGAGGAGCCCGUGGUGUCCCUGGCGGAGGUGCUGGCGGAGAACGAGGAGCUGGAGAAGGAGGCGCGCGCCGUGCUGGGGGGCAGCGACCACGAGCGCUGCAGCUACUCCCAGGGCGCCGUGAAGCGGCAGGCGCUGUACGCGUGCGGCACCUGCACCCCGCCGGGCGAGGAGCCGGCCGGCAUCUGCCUGGCCUGCAGCUACGAGUGCCACGGCUCGCACAAGCUCUUCGAGCUCUACACCAAGAGGAACUUCCGCUGUGACUGUGGAAAUAGCAAAUUCAAAAAUUUGCAGUGCAAGUUACUUCCAGAAAAAGGCAAGGUGAAUUCAGGAAAUAAGUAUAAUGACAAUUUCUUUGGAUUAUACUGUACUUGUAAAAGACCUUAUCCUGAUCCUGAAGAUGAGAUUCCAGAUGAAAUGAUCCAAUGCAUAGUUUGUGAAGACUGGUUCCAUGGAAGGCAUCUUGGUGCAGUGCCUCCUGAAAGCGGAGACUUCCAUGAAAUGGUGUGCCAAGCCUGCAUGAAGCACUGCCAUUUCCUAUGGGCCUAUGCUUCACAAUUAGCAGUUCCUGCUUUGACCAAAGUGAACUCUCUUGAAAAUGAAGGGAUUGUCCGGAAUGUUGAGGAAAGCAAAGAACAGAAAAAAGAAAUAAAAAAAGAAAGUGGAGUAGAACACCAAGAAAAAGAGGAGGGAAAGCAAAUAGAACAGUUUAAUGAGCCAUCUACUAGCUCUGGGUCUUCAUGUCGAGAGAUAGUUACUAAGAGUGAAGAACCAGUCUGCAAGCUGAAAGAACUCCAAAGCAAGCAAUUUUUAAAAAAAGAUACUGCCACCUUUUGGCCAUCAAACUGGAGAAGCAAAUUAUGCACGUGUGAAGACUGUUUGAAAAUGUAUUCAGAGCUUGAAGUCCAGUUUUUGACAGAUGAAUGUGACACUGUCUUGGCCUAUGAAAAUAAAGGUACCAGUGACCAAGAAACCGACAGGAGAGAUCCUUUAAUGGACACCCUUAACAGCAUGAACAGAGUCCAGCAAGUAGAACUCAUCUGUGAAUACAAUGAUUUAAAGACAGAACUGACUGACUAUCUCAGGAGAUUUGCAGAUGAGGGAACGGUUGUUAAAAGAGAAGACAUUCAGCACUUCUUUGAAGAAUUUCAGUCACGAAAAAGACGACGGACUAAUAGGAUGCAGUACUACUGUAGUUAGACUGAGAGGUUUUGAGUCUGAAAGGACAACUGGGAAAACAAUAUAUCCAUUGACAAACAGAAGAGGCAUCUUUUAAUAGUUGGCUUUUCCUCAACAUCCUACUGUCCAAGAAACCGCCUCCAACUUUUUCCUGAUUUUGUUUCAUAUUUCCUUUAUUUGCAGUGCACCUUUUUAACAGUACAUUGCAUAGUGAUUCAUUUAUAUGGAUUUCAGUAUUGAUCUACUUUACAUUUCUUUGAAAGCUGGCCUUGUUUCAAAAGGGGAGGAUUGCUUGUUAAAAGAACUUUGUGCCACUGUUUAUUCCCUUAAUCCUUUGACCUAUUUUACUUUUAGUGCCUAUAGCUGUACACCAUACUAAAACAUGGGAGCGGUCUGCCUGUCUUGGUUUCUAUACAAUGUAGGAAAUUUGCACUUAGUGUGUGUUGCAAACUGGGGUGUGUUGCUUUCCUGCCUUUAUGGUUCUGUAUCAUCUCUUCUGGUUGCAGUGAUUCUGUCAUAUACCCCCAGCCCAAAGUUUGUUUCUGUUUACUACACAUAGGGAGGCAUAAUUCUGCAAGGGGGAAAGGAGGCUUGUGUUACGGUGAUGUCCAUUGGUUCUAAUCCUGUUGAAGGAAACGGCAUUCUACAGUUUGGGGUCAUAUCAUGUGAACUGAAUAGCACUGUACCUUCACAUGCUGACUCUAUAUACUGUGGAAGUAUUCCAUAAGCAUGUGAAAAAUCAGAAAUCAUGGGUUGGUCCUGAUACAGCAGAAUGUUGUAUCUAUUUUUUUAUUCAAAAACUGUUUCUAGAUAUUGUACAGUGAUGUUUUACAUGGAAAAAAUUGUCCCAUGAACUUUAUGCUCUCACUAGAAUCUAAAUGAUACCUAGUAGGAGGUACUAAGUUACAAAUUAAGUAUUGGGGGUUUUGUUAAAGGAAUUUUAAUAUGCUUUGGUUUUAAAAACUAACCUACCUUAAAUUGAUCUAUUUCAUAAGUGUUCCUAAAAUGUUGCAGCAUCCUGGCAUUUUGCUACAGUAUAGUGUGCGAUCUUUUUAUAAUCACUGUGAUAAUCAAGGAAUAGAAGAUAUUUCACCAACUUAAGAAACUACAGUUAACUAAAACUAAAUACUGAGUUUCCCAUGAGUCAUUUUGAGGUUAAUGUAGUUUUUAGUUUUUCUUUACCCACAACCCCCCCCAAAUCCUUUAAGAAAGUUCUAAUUUUUAACUCCCACUCUGUGUAGUUGGAGGAUUUGCUUACCAUGAGGUACUGUUCUGCUCCCAUGUUAAGAGUUCUUAGAAGAAAAUCCAGCUUUUUAUCAUUCUCUCUGUUAAUUCUUUUUGGACACCUCAUUUACAAAAGUGAGUUCUAGCAUAAAGACUCAGUUAAUUUGUUUGUUUUAUGCAAAUACGACUAGUUGCUUUUAAAUCUAACUCUGGGUAUUGUAUGUGCUUUUUUGUAGCAACUGUUAUGGGAGUUGUAAUUGCAUACCUAACUAAAAUACCUAAAAAUUAAAUAACUGUUCAGUC